AGGCGCCAAGGAAACGGUGGAUGAAAAUUGAAGUCGUGAUGUGCACUAACUCGUUAGGGGGAAGGAUGGAUUACAGUGGACGAGGAUAACACGGAGACCGCCGGCCAGGCAGCCCGGACCGUCCAGCGCGAGGGGAGUCAGCGAUGGCCAGCCUCCGAGAGCGGAUCCGGAUGCACAAACGCCGGGCGCAACAAGCGCGAGGGAAAAGGGGAAUGACGAUGCGAAUAUUGCUCCAGCACGGCCAUCUAGACGGGUGGGGAUAUCCAAGCUUGAAUCAAGGCAGGGAAAAGAAAACCAGCAUGGUCGUGGCGGGGUUGACAAGGCCGGGAAAAAAAAAGUGGCCAAGGCACUCUCGAGCUUAUCAAGCAGAGCGUCCAGAUAAUUCUAGAAAAAUGGCAUUUUCCUUCUUCUUUUCUUCUUUGGGUCUGCCGAAGAAAAGGUUGGCCGGCCGGAUUCGAACAACACUGCAGUAGGGGUUGUAUGUGUUGGAGGGGUUGACCACGAGUCAGGAAGUCGAUCAAGUAAGACAGCCAAACCAAGAUCAACUAACAAGCUUUCCUAGCUGUAUCGCUGUUCCCUGGUUUUUGACGUGGGUAGGUGCAUGUAGCGAGGAGCUGAUGCGCCAGGGUAUGACGACGUUGGUUCCGCAAAAUAGC